UCGUGGCGUGUGAUGAGAAGGGGGAGGGGCCCACGAUACAUGAUUUUGAUUUCUUUCUUUGUUUCAUGACCAGAAAACAACAAUGGUGUAUAUUUGUAGAAAUGUCCAUAUCUGAUCGUUCGCCUGACAUUUUCGUUAUAAUUACCGGACUCGUAUCAGAACCGAAUCCACAGGAGGUAGGAUGAAGCGGCGCAAUGCGGACUGCAGCAAGCUCCGACGGCCGUUAAAACGGAACCGAAUCACCGAGGGUAUAUAUAGCAGUACGUUCCUGUAUCUGAAGUUUCUGGUGGUGUGGGUGCUGGUGCUGCUGGCAGACUUUGUGUUGGAGUUCAGGUUUGAGUACCUGUGGCCCUUCUGGCUCUUCAUACGCAGUGUCUAUGACUCGUUCAGAUACCAGGGGCUGGCUUUCUCCGUGUUCUUUGUGUGUGUGGCGUUUACGUCUGACAUCAUCUGCCUCCUCUUUAUCCCUGUCCAAUGGCUGUUUUUCGCUGCCAGCACCUACGUCUGGGUCCAGUAYGUCUGGCACACAGAGAGAGGAGUGUGUCUACCCACCGUGUCGCUAUGGAUACUGUUUGUGUACAUGGAAGCUGCCAUCCGCUUCAAGGACCUGAAGAACUUCCAUGUGGACCUGUGUCGGCCCUUCGCUGCUCACUGUAUUGGCUACCCCGUGGUGACUCUGGGCUUUGGCUUUAAGAGCUACGUCAGCUACAAGAUGAGACUGAGGAAACAGAAAGAGGUGCAGAAGGAGAAUGAGUUCUACAUGCAGCUCCUACAACAGGCUCUGCCCCCAGAGCAACAGAUGCUACAGAGACAGGAGAGAGAGGCGGAGGAGGGUGAGUAGGGACCU